AUCAUCGACUGUGCCCAUUGGGUAUACUGCUUACACGUUGGAACAGUGGUAGAAGUGCCGGCGCUGGGCAUGAGUGCAGCACAUAUGAGGCACGCGGAGAAGCUUGGUAGAACGGCACCUACACGUUCGUUGACUCACUCACGCACCAGACUGCGCUACACGUUCACAAGAUGUUGCUCGAUAAUGUCGUAGCACUCCUACUUUCCUCCGUCCUAGCCUCUGCUCAACAGGACCUCGUCAGCACCCUCAACUCUCAGUCCGAUCUCAAAACUAUCGCCGCAGUCUUCCCCAAGCUCCCACGAGUCCAAGAAUUCAUCGAUGGGGCAUAUAAUGUCACUAUGCUUCUGCCCACCGAUUCCGCCAUAGCUGCCGUGCCUGCGGACAGCUGGGAAGGCAAAAUCUUCUCGGCAAUGGACAUUAAUGGAAUCGCAGCCAUCCUGUCCCUCCACGUCAUAAACGGUGUCUACAAAUCCACCGACUUCCAAACCACUCCCAAGUUUGUCCACAGUCUCUUGACUGAUGAGGAGCCAGUCAACGACAAAGCAGUCGCAUACGUCACAGGAGGUCAAAACGUUGGUCUCGUGCUAAAUGGCUCCACCGCCACCUGCCUCUCCGGCUACCUCUCCACCUCCAAAGUCGUCCAAGCCGACAUCCAAGCUACCCACGGCAUCACAAUCCACAAAGUCGACUCCGUCCUCCGCCUCCCCCUCAACGUCUCCGCCACCGGAACAAACCUCGGUCUCACCGCCGCAGUCGCCGCCCUCAACUCCACAGGCCUCACCAACACCGCAGACACAACUCCCGACCUCACCAUCUUCAUCCCCAACAAUGCGGCCUUCGCGGCCAUCGAAUCCACCAUCGCGAAAGCUACGACGGACCAAGUGGCUGGCAUCCUUGCUUACCACGCAAGUGCGGGAAAGGUUCUGUUUUCUCCUGAUCUGAGUAAUGCGACUGUCCCCAGUCUGGCGCCGGGGUUGAAUUUGACGGUUACGGUGCUUCCGGAUGGCACGGUUCUGGUUGAUAAUGCCAAGGUUGUGGUUCCGAAUGUGAUUUUGGAAAAUGGCGUUGCGCAUGUUAUUGAUUCUGUCCUUAUGCCGAAAGUUCCGGGUAUCACGGCCGGUGGUUAUGGUCCUCCUCCUACGUCAGGUGGGAAUACGACGAAUUCUACGAAACCUGUGGCGUAUACUGGUGAGGCGGCGGGACUUUCGGCUCGUUUCUCUGCAACUGUCACUGCGGGUGUGGUGCUUCUCGCUAUCAUGUUGGCGCUAUAAUGAGGCGAUGCUAGGCUAUAGUAUAAGUGAGUGGUGGAUAGCAUGUGAUAAUCUUACAUGUGUAGCAGCUUG